AUGUUGCCUUCAAUAAUCUACCCAACUAUCUCUCUUUCCAAUUCCACCGUCUUCAAUGGAGGAUAUUCACCAAGAUCCUUUUCCUCCACUACACGGCCCGUCGCCACCACCAACCGCCUCUGUGGACUUUCCGCCACACUUCCGAUGCCCAAUUUCCAUGGAGCUCAUGCAAGAUCCCGUCACGAUAUCCACCGGAGUUUCCUUUGAAAGAGCCAAUAUUGAGAAGUGGUUCUUCACUUACAAUAAGAAAACUUGCCCUGCAACCAUGCAAACUAUUGUCAACUUUGAUAUCACACCAAAUUAUACACUCAAAAGGCUCAUACUUUCUUGGAAAAUGAAAGAGUCUUGCUCCUCCACGUCGUUGUUGCCAUCCUCGUCGAUGGAGUAUCAUGAUGUUGUGGCUGAUCUCUUGAAGAACAUCGAGUCGUCACCGUUCAAGGCGAGUUCUUUGAAGAAACUACGAUUGCUCAUGGCGGUGGAUGAUGUAGCUGCUGUCGGAGCGAAACCCGUCUUUGUUCGAGUAAAUGGGUUUGAAAUUCUUGUCCGAAUAGUAACGCAAGUCGCCAUUUGUGAGUGCUCCGAUUUUGCUAAUUUUGAAGCUUGCGAGGAGGCUUUAGGGGUAUUAUCUCAAUUUCCGUUUUCCAAAACCGAGAAGCCAUUUGAGUUGCUAUCGGAACCGGAAGCCAUCAAAUCAAUGGCGAUUAUCUUACAAAGAGGAAGCAUAGAAGGAAGAUUUUACGCCAUGGAAAUGCUCCAACAAAUAUCCAAAAAGGGCUACGAUUGGAACUCUCUAACGAAACAUCAAAUCAUCGACUUAUUUAAAUCAAUAUUGGAGCUUGCAUCGGAUGAGAUAAUCAAGAAAGCAAGUGCAAUCAAGACAAUGGAUUCCUCGACAAUUACACAAUGUCGAUAUGGGACAUUGUUCUCAUCUGCCCUAGAGCUUUUAAUAGAAAUCAUGGAAUCAUCGAAAAAAAGUCGUCUUUUAUCAAUUGAGGCUGGCGCUGUUUGCGUCAUGAUCGAUCUUCUUCCGGACUCGAACCGAUCGAAGUGUGAGAAAAUUCUAUACAUACUCAAACUUCUAAGUGAGUGUGCAGAGGGAAGGUCAGCCAUGGGGGAACAUACUAUGGGAAUAGCAACAGUGACAAAGAAAAUGAGUAUAUCAAACACAGCUACAAAAAUUGGGAUGAAAAUAUUGUGGUAUAUUUGUAGUUAUCAUCCAAGUGAGAGGGUUUUAGAAGAAAUGAUGGGGUGUGGGACAGUGAAGAAGCUUUUAGGGAUCUUGAAUGGUGAUGGAAGUUCUUCAACCAAGGAGAAGGCCAUGAAGGUUAUGAAGCUUCAUGGGAGUUUUUGGAGGAGAUUUCCUUGUUUUCCUUAUGAGUAUAGGGAUUAUUUGAAGUUGAUAAAUCAAUAGAAUAUAUACUGAAAUGAAUGAAAAUUGGAAUUUGGAGUUUUUCAAAGUUAUAAAA